GAAAUCCGCAGUCCAAAUUCAAAUGCCAAUGUUAGUAGCAAGGAAGUCGCGCGUGGCGUACACGAAAUGCCAAAGUGUUUUCACGAAUUAUAUGUAUAUACGAUUUUUUUUCCCGGUGCAGUUGCAAAUCCUUGAAAGAAAAAAGAAACAGAGUCAAUACAAUAGUGAAAUAAGUAUUUAAAAAUGUUAAGGGUUAUUUUACCUCUUUUUGCCGGCUGACAAAAGAAACACUAAAAUUAUAAGUCAUAAAACAAAGAUGGCAUCUACAGCGUCAACAACAUUGAGUUCUAUUCGAGAAUUUUGGAGAAAUUUUGACAUUAUUUCGUUGCAGAAAAAGUUAGAUGGCGAAGCCACUGAAUUGGCUGGGAGACAAGAUAAGUCGGAAAUAUCGCGUAAAAUGUUAGUUGAUCUAAGUCGUGAAUUCAAGAAGACCACACCAGAGAAUGUGCGUAAACAAGUAGCCCCUUUACUCAAGAGUUUCCAAGGGGAGGUAGAUUCAUUGUCAAAACGAAGCAAAGCUGCAGAAACAGCAUUUUUAUCACUGUACAAGAGAGUCGUGGAAAUUCCUGAUCCUCUUCCAGCUUUGGAUCAGUGUGUUGCUAAUCAAUCAAAAGUUUCAAAGUUCCAUGAUUAUGAAAUUGAAAACAAGAAACUUCGUGAUACACUUAGCGAAUACAACAAUGAAUUUGCUGAAGUAAAGAACCAAGAGGUGACAAUAAAUCGUUUGCGUGAAAAAUUGAAAGAAUAUGAAGAUAAAAUUGAAGAAACAGCUCAGUUGCGAGUUCAGGAAAAGGAAAAGGAAAUGGAAAAGUCUUUUGCUGAAAGAGAAAGACAGUUACAGGAGACCCAGCUUGAAGUCGCCAAGAAGUUGGGAGAAACUGAGCUACAAGUUGCGAAUUUGAAAUCUGCUCUGGAAAGCACGCAGUCUGAGCUGUUUGAUGUGAAAUCAAAGCUAGAUGAAGAGAAUGAAGCAAGGAGUUCAGCUGUAGAAAUUCUUGAAGCAGACCUAGAAAGAGCAAACCAGAGGGCGCUGUUAUCAGAGCGUCAAACGGAAUCGUUGAACGAGCAAUUGAAUCGAUUGAAAUCUGAGCUUGAGAUGUCGGAUGAAAGAUCUCAGAAAAACAUGGAUGACGCUUUUCAUUCCAUAUCGAAGACAAAUUUAGAACGAGAACUGUCUGCGAAAGAGAACGAGAUCACCCAAUUGGUUGACGACAUUCAACGACUUCAGGCUGCAAUGAAUAAAAUGCGCGAAGCUGGAAAUCAACGCAUCGCAUCACUUGAGCAGCAAUUGGCCGAGAAAACUGAGUUGAUAAUCGAACUUGAAACAAAAUUGAGACAACAAGCUGAUUACGAGGAAAUCCGUAGAGAAUUAGACAUUUUAAAGUCAGUUGAAUUCUCACGAUCACCAAGCAUUGAAGACGAUAGCGAUACAAAAGACAGGGUCUUUGAAAAGGAUGAUCGAAAGUCAUUGGAAAUUCUUCUUCUGGAGAAGAAUCGCGGGUUGCAGUCGGAAAAUACCAAGCUUAAAUUUGCAAUUGAAGAGCUAACAGAACGUCACGAGAACCUCCAAAAACAGUUUACCGACGCAGCUCGCACUCUGAAAGAACAGCAAGAAUUGAUCAAACAGCUUGAGGCGGAUCUUCUCUCCGUCCACGCUUUACCAUCAACGCAUCGAGGGCAAGGAGAGGGUGAAUCUGGACCAACAACUGAAUCAGAGCUGGUGUCAGUCGCUGUACAGGGAGUUGUAAAAAGUCCGAAUAUCAUACCAUCAGAAGCGAUUCCCGUGGAAAGUUCUUCAUCCGCCGACUCCCUUCUGCCCAUUAUUUCAAGUCAGCGUGAGAGAUUUAAGACGCGAAAUAUGGAACUUGAAGCACAAGUACGUCACCAACAACGACAAACAAGUCUUUUGCAAAAUGAAAUCGACGGCUUGCGUUCUGACAACGUUAAACUUUAUGAGAAAAUUCGCUUUCUGCAGAGUUAUCCCAACAAAGGUGGGAAUAACCGAGAAAUGGAUGAAAUAGCUGUCAAUAAGUAUUCUUCCCAAUAUGAAGCACGACUUGAUCCUUUUGCCGCUUUCAACAAAAACGAAAAACAACAAAGAUACCUUGGUUUAAGUGCUCAUGACAGAGUUACACUGAACAUGGGAAAAUUCAUUCUGUCCAACAAAAUAGCUCGGGCUGUGACCUUUUUUUACACCAUAUUACUUCAUUGUCUUGUUUUCUUGGUAUUGUAUAAGUUGGCAUAUACAGAAUCGUGCAAACGAGUUGUUGCUGAAAAAUAUGACACUGGAGUUUUUGAGCACAUGCAAAAUGCUCAUGAAAUGCCAAAUGUAUUUCAUCCUACAUGAUGCAAUGGUAAUUACUGUGAUCAUUACGUAUCCUAAUAACUGAUUAAUUAAAUCAUGUACAAUAGAAUUGGUUCUUAUUUAUGCAUUUGAUUUCUAUACAUCUUUUUAUUAACAAAUUGUAGCAUUUCCAUAUGAUGCAAUGAUUAGACACAUAGAAAUUCAA